AUGGCCACCAUGACGCGCGAAACGUCACAGCCACAGCCAGAACAACCACAAUCUUCACCCUCGACAUCAACCACAUCACCGGCUACACAGCCUGCUUUCUCGCUGCCAACAUCUACAAAACUACUCAUAGGCGGUUCGGCCUUCUUCCUCCUCUCGGCAUUCAUCACCCGCCGGUCUCUCAACCGCCGCCGACUCGCUUCCGUCCCACAAUUCUACACCACAGCUUCGCACCACAAGCUCAACAUCAGCGCUCCCCUCGAGGCCCUGGAGGCUCUCAAUCUCGCUACUCUCAAUGUUCUCGCGCUGGCCAUCCUUGGAGUCGGUGCGGGGAUGAAAGCCGUUGGGUUCGAGACCCUCGACGAGCUGCGGCGGAUAGUGCGCGGCGGACUGGGAGCGGACGGCACGGGGAGGUCGGAACAGCAGGUCGAGGAGGACAUGGAGGAGUGGGUUGUCUCCGUGCUAAAUCGGAAGGCCAGCAAGGAGGACACAAAGGAGGCCGAGAAGCAGAAGGCGAAGGAAGAAAUCCGGCAAACCUGGCUGAAUGAGCGGGGGAAGGAGAGGUGA